CGGUCGGAAACUGAUGGCGGACCAAUUCUUGCCGCUGACGGGACAGCAUAGCGUCAUGUUGCGUUCCAUCGUCUUUCAUGCGGCUGAAAGCGGAGCCGAACGUGUCGCAUGCGCCACUCUCUAUCCCGAAGGGCACAAACCUUUCUCGGUGACAUUUUCCAACCCACCAACAAUAGACCUGACGGACCUUCGCAUGUCCAUUGCUCGUGGCCUAGGAGUCAGUCCCGACGACGUGAAAUACCUAGAUUACAAAGCGGACGACAGUGGACAAUGUGGCAGCGCAACAUUCGCUCUACCAGAGUCGAUAGCGAGUUCACUGCAUGGGAAUGACUUCUUGUCGUCGCUCUCAUCGGAUGGUACUUUUGGAAACUACGCGGUGAAUUCCUCUUGCAUGUCGUUUAUUCCAACGACAGAGUCUUCUCCACAAACGGGAGAUGCAACAAUGACAACGUUGUCCCUGCUCACAACGGCAGCUGCCGUUUCUGCUGCAAUUUCUCUAUUCUAGCAACUUUUCUUGUUGAAAUUUAUGAUUUAGUUAUGAAACCAAACUAUUCAUGCAGCCAAUGUGUAGAUAGGCAUUAUAUACAAAUUUAAUUGAA